CACUUACAAACGUGCGGUCGACCUAUUUACAUAUUUAUUAACAUUUAAAAUUUAAACAAGAAAUACACGCGUAUACAAAAAGUAUAGCUUUAUAGUCAACAUGUCAAAUUUGAAAUAAGUGUGAUGUGUGUUUAGAAAAAAAUAAACAAAAAUAAACAAUGUCGUCAAACAUGGAUAGUCAGUCUACACCGACCCCCGAGGACACACCGACCCCUUCUCCAGGGGUUGAAGUCGUGAACAAGUUCAACUGGCUGAAACAUGCGAAGAACGCUCGUCACAACCCUUUCCGACCCUCUUUGACGAGAGAGAGUUCCACCUCUGAACUGUUUACGAGAGAGAACUCCAGUGCGGACUUUUUCCAGAAUUCCAGAUUGAAUCUGUUUGAAAGCGCGCCUAAACCUGAAGUUAGGAAUUAUAGCAAGGGUCUGACCUUCCUAGCAUGGCACCAACGGACGAAGCUAGAGCGGUUCCUGCUGGUUUUCAGCGGGAUCCUCUUCUUGAUGGUGAUGCUGACCACUACGCUGUUAGUCAGCACGCAGACAGCGUCGUAUCCUCGCGUGCCAGCCGUUGAAAAGGAUAGCGAUCUCUGCCUAUCAGGCACAUGCAUCUACACAGCUAGCGAGGUUAUAAAGGCCCUGGAUGAAACACAGAACCCUUGCGAUGAUUUCUACCAGUUCGCGUGUGGGGGUUGGGUGAAAAACAACCCUAUACCUGAAGGGAAAUCCAACUGGGGUAUAUUUAGUCAGAUAGAGCUGCAGAAUCAGCUGAUUAUAAAGACUGCUAUGGAAAAAAUAAACCUCAACGUGACCACCGGAGCAGAAGCGAAAGCUCGAAUCUAUUACGACGCUUGUGUAGACACAAAUGAAACAAUAGAAAGGUUGGGAGAUAAACCACUGAUCGGCAUCAUAAAGAAGCUGGGAGGCUGGCAUAUUCUGCCAAACACGCUUGUGAGAACGCAGAAGUGGGAUCUGCAGAAGCUAUUGCAGGAUAUUCAGAAUAGAUAUAAUUUGGGUGGUCUAUUCAACUGGGCGGUUACAGAAGAUGACAGAAAUUCAACUAAGCAUGUUAUAGUGCUCGACCAAGGAGGUCUAAACCUACCCACCAGGGACAAUUACCUAAACAAAACAGCUCACAAAAAGGUCCUAGAUGCCUAUCUCGACUAUAUGACUCGUAUUUGCGUAUUACUUGGUGCCAAUAAAACUGAAGCUAGGCAGCAAAUGAGCAAAGUAAUACAAUUUGAGACAGAAUUGGCCAAUAUAACCACCCCUUCUGAGGAUAGAAGGGAUGAAGAAGGGUUGUACAAUCCGUUUACCGUGAAACAGUGGCAAAGAGAAGCGCCAUUUUUAAAUUGGAGCGUGUUUUUCAAUGAUGCGUUCAGAUUGGUUAAUAGGACGAUUCCUGACAAUGAGACAAUAGUAGUGUACGCGCCGGAGUAUUUUAGAAACUUGACCAAAGUACUCAGAAAGUACAGUAAAACCGAAGAAGACCAAAGAACAAUCACCAGCUACAUGAUGUGGCAAGUAUCGAGAUCUCUCUCCACGUAUUUAUCUAAACCUUUCCGAGAUGCAUCUAAGAUAUUGAGAAAAGCACUAUUUGGUUCCGAAGGAGCGGAAGAAUCCUGGAGAUAUUGUGUUACGGAUACUAAUAAUGCUAUUGGAUUUGCGGUAGGCGCAAUGUUCGUCCGGGAAGUUUUCCACGGUGCUGCCAAAACGGAAGGCGAGAUCAUGAUAGAUAACAUCCGGGCGGCAUUCAAGAAGCAUCUCAAGCAAUUGGACUGGAUGGACGCGGAGACGAGAGAGGCUGCGGAGAGCAAGGCAGAUGCUAUUACUGAUAUGAUUGGUUUUCCGGAUUACAUUCUGAACAAGGAAGAAUUAGAUAAACAAUACGAAGAGCUGAUAGUCAAACCCAAUGAGUAUUUUGAAAACAAUAUUGCGUUUAAUACAUUCAGUCUGAAACAUGACUUGAGGAAACUAGACCAGCCUGUCAAUAAGACGAAAUGGGGCAUGACACCAUCAACAGUGAACGCCUAUUACACUCCUACCAAGAACCAAAUCGUAUUUCCCGCGGGAAUCCUUCAAGCUCCCUUCUACGACGAGAACAACCCCAAGUGCGUGAACUACGGGGCCAUGGGGGUGGUCAUGGGACAUGAACUGACCCAUGCGUUUGAUGACCAGGGACGGGAAUAUGAUAGAUUCGGCAAUUUGAACCAAUGGUGGAACAACGCAACCAUAGCUCGCUUCAAGAAGAGGGCGGAGUGCAUACAGACGCAGUACUCACAGUACUCCAUGGAAGGACAGCGGCUUAACGGCAAACAGACUUUGGGUGAAAACAUAGCAGAUAAUGGUGGCCUAAAAGCAUCGUAUCACGCGUAUUUGGAGUACAGUAAGACAGCAGCUAAGAACUACACUCUCCCUGGAUUGAAGUACUCGCAUAGACAAUUGUUCUUUAUAUCGUUUGCACAGGUUUGGUGUUCCGCAAUGACAAAAGAAUCGACCAAAAUACAAAUCGAAAAAGAUGACCACACGGUAGCAAAGUACCGCGUUAUCGGACCAAUAUCGAAUCUUCCAGAAUUUUCUACGGAAUUCAACUGCCCUCUAGGUUCCACAAUGAACCCUAAACAAAAGUGUGAAGUAUGGUAACAUGAGACAGCUUUAAUUUUUUAUUAGUAAUAAAAAAAAACAAUAUUGAAGGUAGCUACCUAUAUAUUAGAUGAAAACUUUUUGUAUGAUACAAAAAUUCAGCUUGUAAAAGGCUUCAGAACUUACAAUUCUAAAAUCAAAUAGGACCAUAGAUAAAAUAAACGUUUUGUUAUAAUUUUUGGACUGGCAAUGAAUUUACAAAUUCUUUAUUACCUUGACUAUACAGUUAUAUUUCACAUAGUAGAUAAGUGAAAUUAAAUUGUAUAGAUACUCUAAUAAUUCUUUAGAACAUAAUAUUCUUUAGUUCUAGACAACAUGUACAAAGACCGUUUUAUAUUUAUUUAAGAUUAUUAUUUUGAAAACCGCCUCAUAAGUAAAUGAAACAUUUCUAAGCAGUCACAACUUAAUAUAAUUAUUAUAGUUAUCGAUUAAAGUUAUGUGUAUUGUGGAGUUUGUAUGUAAGAUUAAAUGACGCUUAAAAGAAACGCAUACAAAAUAUAUUAUUCAAAGGUGAAAUUAUUCAUAAUAUUAUCUAUUAAAAAAAUAUAAAAAUGACAACACUAUGAAUUAUAAUAUAUGUUGCCAGUUUCUUUAUUAUUUUAUUUUUGACAUAUACAUAGAUACAACACAAAAUAAUUUUUAAAUAGGUAACUAUAAAUGCUUAUAUUAGAUAGAUGAAACGUUAUAAUGUAUUAGUAUAGUAAAUGUAUGUAUAGUGUAGUAGUCAUAUGAAUAUUCAGUAAAAUUUCAAAAGGUCUUGAGUUUAAAUUCAUAAAAAAUGUAGGUAAAAAAUAUUAUUUCUCUUUUUAUUAUAAACACUAUGAGCGAACAAACAUCUAAAAUAAAAUGGACAAUACAGGGCAUCCGUCCUAUCAACAGCUAUGAAAAAAAAUAAUCAUUUUUUUAGCCAAAUAUAAGUAAAUAAUGCAUUUAAAGUUUGACAGUUAUUUAAUAAAUUACUAUUAGUAUGUUUUGAGCAAGUAUUGAGCGCUUUCAAGCAUUUUCGCUUACAAACGAGUCACGGAUAUCUCGCUCAAAUUGAGUUACUCAAAAUAAUAACAUGAAAUAUAUAAAAUUGUUUAUUUAAGAAACGCAGAUUUAUUGUAUUAAAAUGUUAUACUUAUGUAGUUAUCUAUAUUAUUUAUAUCCUUAAUUUAUUCAAAAGGACAACAAAGAUAACAUUGUAAUUUUACCAUUUUAAACUUUAAUUUAUUUCAGAUAGUAGGUAUAAAAACACACGACACAAAUUUAGAUAAAUAAGAACCAAAUGUUUGUACAAAAUAUAGCCUUGAAUGUUGUGUUGCUUUCGCUUGUGUAAACAUGUAAGUAAUAAGUAUACAUUGUAAUUAUUAUUUUAAGGGCUGAUUUUUCAAUCCUUGGUUAAAACUUAUUCAUCGAAUAACAUAUUAAACUACCAUU